AUGAAGAUAACAGCGUUCUCACUGUUGUCCCUGGCUUGUGCCGCUGCGGCCUCCCGAGAGGGGGAGGAGGCCAUGGACCGCCUCAUGUCUGUCAAGAUCGAGCAGAGAGAGAGAUUCAGGGCUGAAGGUCUAUUCAACGCAAACCAGUAUCCUGAUCUGGGAAGCCAGAAGUGCGUCAAUGGAAAAGCAGGAGAGUACUCGUGUGAGAAUGUCGACCUUCUUGGCUUCCUCAGUCAUCAGGCUAUGGGCAGCAAGACCCGUGAGGGCAAUGACAUCUGGGGAUGGACUUCGCCUGAUGGCCGAGAAUUUGGCAUCAUUGGUCAAACCGAUGGCACCGCUUUCGUUGAAGUGCAUGCAGAUGGGAGCCUCGACUACGUCGGACGGCUGCCAACUCAGACAGAGUCUAGCGUGUGGAGAGACAUGAAGGUUAUUGGUGACCAUGUCUACAUUGGAUCGGAGGCCCCUGGUCACGGGCUCCAGGUGUUUGAUCUGAAGAAGCUUCUGGGCACGAGUGCUAGUAAACCUACCACGUUCUCGCUUUCCAGCGAUCUCAAAGCCUGGUACAACGCUUUUGGGAGCUCUCACAAUAUUGUUGCUCACGAGGAGACGAACAUGAUCUAUGCAGUUGGAACCACCAGGUCUCUUAGCUGCGCCGGAGGCCUGUGGAUGGUGGAUGUUUCCAACCCCGCGAAGCCAACGUCGCCCGGCUGUGUGAACCAGGAUGGCUAUGUGCAUGACGCACAAUGUGUCAUCUACAAGGGACCCGACACGAAGUACAACGGACGCGAGAUCUGCUUCAACUACAACGAGGAUUCGCUAACCAUAGUCGAUGUCACCAACAAGAAAUCCCCGGUGCAAAUCUCCAAGACUCCCUACGCUGGCUCUAGCUACACUCAUCAGGGCUGGGUUACCGACAUGGAGAACAUGUCGUAUCUGCUGCUUGAUGAUGAGCUCGACGAGGUGGACAAGACCGGGGUGGCCGCCAACGGGCAUACUACAACUUAUAUUUUCGACAUCCGCAAUCUUGCUAAACCCAAGCAUUCUGGCACUUACCAGUCCCCCGUCAAAUCGAUCGACCACAACCAAUACGUGCUCAACGGCCUCUCCUACAUGUCGAACUACGGCAGUGGCCUGCGCAUCGUGGAUGUCAAAUCCGUCGCGCAGGAUCCCACUGGUUCGCAGUUCAAGCAGGUCGGCUUCUUUGACUGCCACCCUGCUGAUGAUGCCGAAGGUGGCAAGGUUGAGUUUGUUGGAAGCUGGAGCGUUUAUCCUUACUUCAAGAGCGGCAACAUCCUCCUGAACAGCAUUGAACGGGGUGUUUUCUCUUUGAAGUACACCGGCCCGAAGUGA